UCUAAAAAAAAUUUAGAGUCUUACAGAUGUAGUGCUCUUCGAACCAUUUUUCUUUCUCCUUUGGCAUUUUUUCGUAAAUGCAAUAAUAACGGAGUUAUGACUUGAAACAAUUGCGUGGGCCACCCUGUAUAUGGGUAUUACUAUUUCUAUGCAGAAAAAUCUGCUGUAAUACCGACAGGCCAAAUCGGAGAGGUCACGUGCUGUGUCUAACGCCUUAACCCUUUUAGCACUCGCCAAAAAUACCAACGCCGAUAUAUCGUUGCGCCUCCGUUAUAGCCUUAUUAUACACAUCGCAAGAGAUCUGUAUUUAAGUAUAACUUCAUAAAAUGUUAAAAUGGUUCAUAUUCUAUGCAACACAAGUGAAAAAAUGUUUAUUAGAUCAACUUUUUGUUAUACCCUAUGUUGUUUCGUGCCGAGAUAAAUUAGAAUAGAAUGGAGAUAAGAUAGAAACGGGACACGGGAUAUCCGUCGACACGCGAUAGUUUCUUUGGACCGUAAUCGCAAUAUUAACGAUGUUUACGAUAGUUAUCAGAAAACUCAAGUGGCAUCCGUGCAUCGACACUGCGAGCCUAAAAUCUCUUUCAGUUUUUCUUGAUCCGUUGAACGUGGAGUCAGUGUUAAAAAGCCGUCACGUCUUCAUAGAAACACAAUUAGCAGCAGAAAAUAUUAUCAAUUUUGUUGUUACCUUUUUCGAAAAAUUAUACCCUGUUUCAACAUGGAUGUUGCAGAAUUAGUGUGAAUUAUUGACGAAUUAGAUAUAGCUGAAGAACAAGUUGACAGUGAUGACGAAUUAUUUGCGCCAAGCCGUCGGUGUGAUCGCAGGAUAUAUAGCGACAGUGAAUCCAGCGAAGAAGAAUUGGAAGAUGAAAAUGGCGAGAGUGCUAGUGUGGAAUCUCUCACGAAUUUCAGGGAAGUAAAUGUGGAAAACGAUAGCCAAUAUAACCCGCGCCCGUUAUUUUCGGAAAUACCCGGCCCUAAACAUUUGCCACGAAAUAUAUCCAAACUAAUAGAGUAUUUCGAUUUAUUUUUUACGUACCAAUUUCUGAACAUGCUGAGAUUAGAAACAAAUCGGUACGCACAACAGUUUUUCGAGAAUGCUGGACCAGCAAAUAGAUCUACAACAUUCACCUGGAAGAAAACGACAGCUAAAGAGUUGAAAACAUUCAUAGCCGUUUUACUUAAAAUGGGAAUAUCCCGUAGGCCAACAUUUUUUAGAUACUGGUCACAAAAUCAUCGAUACAUCCCAUGGUUUGGUCAAAUGUUUAGCCAAAAUAGAUUCCAGUUACUCUGCAAAUUUUUUCAUACUGUGGACAAUAGCACAUUAGCAGGACGUGAUAGCAAUGAAUACGACCCAACAGCAAAGUUUGAACCUGUCGUUGCUUGUGCAAAUAGUAAAUUCGAAUUUUAUUAUUCGCCAAAUCAGCACUUGAGCGUGGAUGAAUCGUUAGUAGGCACCAAAAGUAGGUCAGCACUGACCCAGUAUUUGCCAAAUAAGAAGCACCACAAAUGGGGCAUAAGAUUUUGGAUGCUGGCCGAUGCAGUCUCACACUAUUUUCUGUCAUUUUUUUGUUAUCGGGGAGCCAAGGACCAACGCGACAAAAGAGAAAUAAAAGAAAAAGGCCUCGCUCAAGUAGUAAUAGGUAAAUUACUCAGUAUGAGUAACUUCUUUAUGAAAGGAUACCAUGUAACAGUCGACAAUUUUUUUACGAGCAUCUCCUUAGCAAGAUCUCUGUAUGAGAAGAAUACAUUUUUAUCGGGAACCAUACACAGUAGCAGGAAAAAUAUUCCAUCGCAGCUCAAACAAAAAUUGGAAGUGGGCAAAUGUAAGUACCUAAGAAAUCGGGAAAUACUUCUAUUAGCGUACAGAGAAAAGAAAUCCCAGAAAAAAAAUGUACUACUGUUGUCAACGCAUGGAACAGCCGGAAAUAGAACAGCUGUAAUUCGAAGACGGAAUCACGAAACAGAAGUUCAUAAACCACCACUCUCCACACAAAACAUUAAAUACAAGUAUCCAGGAUGAAAACAAAUCUAUUCAAAGCAAACCAUCUAUCAAAUUUCUGGGCAUAUACAUAGACAACAAGCUAAACUUUAAAACUCAUACAGAGAAAACUCUAAUAAUGAUACGUGGAUACUCUAUAUCAGUCAAUUGUAUACGAAUCGAUUUGCAAAUUUCUGAAGAACUUUCUCAAACAUUAAAGAACAAUUACCUCACUGGAAGUUAUUUUGAACGCAAUCUUCCCUCGAUAGUUUUUAAUGAUAAAAAUGAAACACAUCG